AUGCACUCCGUCAGAUUGGAUUUAGCUUCCAAAAGGCAACCAAACGUUCGAAUCAAAAAGGCGUCAACAAUAGCAAUCAUCGUAGGAGACGGAGUCGCCGUCAAGACGGAAGAAGAAGAAGAGCCGGUCAAGGAGGAGAUUGAAAUCAGCAGUAGUAGUGAAGAAGAAGACCACGAAAGCGAAGAGGAGGACGGUGAGGAGGAAGAGGAAGACUCGGAGGAAGAGGACUCGGAGGACGACGAGGAAAGUCUACGAGAACUGAAGAAACUUCGCAAACUAGUUGCGGCCCAGGAAACAAUCAUCAUCAAUCAAGUUGAAGAAAUCCAGCGCAAGAAAAGUAUCAUCAGCAGUCAGAGGGAAACCAUCAAACGGCAUAAAAGUACAAUCCACAAGCAGAAAAAGAGAAUCAAGGUUACCCCCAGUCAACUCGAUGUCCUCAAACGGCAAGCAGACACUCUGCAGCAAAAAAUUGCAGACAUUCAACAUAGCUAG